CUACGGUCCCGGGUCAGAAAGGAAAUGUCAGGUGAGAAGUGGGCGAGACCACGGUCCGUUUUCCAGAGACACAUGGCUGCCCCAGGAUUUGAUUUUCUGAUUUGUAAUCGACGACAUAUUAAAAAAUCAACCCUGAGCUGGAUGUCCCAACGACAGGACAGCAAUCCAUGGGCUCCAGUGGGGCUUGCGCCGUGCAACGGAAAGGUGCAGGUGGUGAGAAGAAAAGGCUUGACGGCUUGAGGCUGUCGAGGAGAUGGGGUAGCGCGGUCUUGCCCGCAGGGACGAUGAGCAAGAGGAGGGGGUGGCCUGUUCCUGGGCGUUGGCGAUGAGGAGCAAGGCUCUUCUUGAUUAAUUGCUCUUCUGCCUUCGUGGUGUAGGAGUUUUGACGCUGUCUUCAGAGAGAAUCCUUUCGUUGUUCGCCAUGCGUAUCGACAUCGUCAUCCAUACCGACGUGCUAUGUCCAUGGUCCUUCCUCGAGAAACGCAGCAUCGAGACGGCCAUAUACCGGUACAAGACACGCAACCCGGGAAUCGAAUUUGAAGUUGUCUGGAAGCCGUAUCUGCUGUAUCCAACGCUCAGGAGAGCUGACAAGCGUGAACUCUACUGCAAAAUCAUGGGUCCCGAGAAGCUCCGCACCUUCAUCGACGAUGUGCAGACGGCGGGCACCCGCCACGGCAUCAACUUUGCCGUCCACGGCUGCACGGGGGCCUCGCAGAACUGCCACCGCCUGAUUGCCCUGACGCUGCGCACCAUGGGGCCCGUCGCGCAGGCGGCCGUCGUCGAGUCCAUCUACCGCGGGCACUUCGAGAACGGCCUGGACGUGACCGACGACAGCUGGCUGCUCUCCGUGGGGCGCAGCGUCGGGCUCGAGCCCCAAGCCGUGAUGAACGCGCUCGAGUGCCAAACCCUGGGGCGCGCGCUUGAGGACGAGGUCAGGGCCGCGACGGCGGGCGGUGUCAUCGCAGUGCCGAGCGUCCUUGUAGGGGGCCGGUACCGCGUGGCGGGCUACCAAGAGCCGAGUCUGUUUGAGGGCGUGUUUGAUCGGCUUCGCGAGGAGAGGGAACAGGGCCUCACGCCUUCAAGGAAUGACACCGUGAGAGAAGUCUUGGGACAAAGCAGAGAAGGCUCCGGACCAGACAGACAGGGCUUUGGACAAGACAGUAGUCAAGGCCUUGGUCUAAAUCGAGGGGGCCCCGAACCAGUGAGACAAGGUCCUGGUCCAGAUAGGGACGUUUGGGGACUGAGAAGAGAAAGCCCAAAAUUGGGGAGACAAGUUCCAUGACUGGGCGGGAAAACCUAGGACAGGGCAGAGAUGCUCGAAACUACUGCGACAAGGCUAUGAACCGAAUAUACGAGCCUCCAUGAGAACUAAAACGGGAUGACGGCGGGAAGAAAUAUGAGGUCUAG